GCGAAAGGCCACUACCAUGAUUUUUUUUAUUCCUAUCUUUGGUUUUAGACAGAUUUUACUCAAGGUAUUGAUUUUCUUUAGAAAUAAGGAACAAUUCCUUUUUUUUUAAUCUCUGAAAGGUGGAACCGAUUUCUACAGACUUUUCUUGGUAAUUCUAGUUAAUUUCGAACUAGCUAUAAGUAUUGGUGUUCUUUUGGUUUUUGGUUUGCCAUUGCAAAAAUGAAGAAUAAAUACAGCCCUGUUUCAGACUUUGACGAGUCUUUUAAAACGCUCAUUGAUGAGAAAUCAGAUAUACAUUCUUCAGAGGUUACGCCUCCUCCGUAUUCAGCUCCAAACAAAUUUAUUGAUUUAGAAAUGGCUGAUGGAUCUGCUCAGCAUUCUGCCCAAGAGUCCACUAACAACGCUGGAUCGGAUUCGACAUAUUCGAUGUGGGUUUCAGCGAAUAUCUUCUUAUUUUUUGCGUCUCUUGUUGUACUGCCCAACAUGUGUGUCGCAGUACUAUGUACGGCUUCUCUGAAUGUCGUUGGUUUCGUCGUCUAUCGUAAUGUAAAGAAAAUAAUAGGAUUUGAAAAGAUGAACGAUAUUGCUUUCUAUGGUGUCUGCAUUGUUAACGUUGCCGUGUUUGUUUUAUUUUGGAGAUAUCCAGAUGCGCGACAACUUCGAAUAUUUAUUGCUGAUUUAGGAAAUGCUGCGAAUUACUUUCGACCGACAGAUCCAGAAAAUGAAGCACCUCAUAACGAGGAAAUCGAGCUUCAACCUUUUGCUGGGCAAAGCGCUGAAGUUUGAGUUUUAACGAAUCUUUUCCAUCCCUCCUAUAAAUCACAUUUUCCUUGGAAGCAUUCAUAUCAAUUGCGAUCCCUCGAGUUUCUGCAUUCUUGUCCACAAAAGUAAGCACAGCUUCAUUCGGCAGGUUGGAUUGCUUUUCACGUUCAUUCUUUUAUGUAUUUAAGAAUUCGUCUCGCAAGAGUGUUAUUUAUAAAUCGUUCGUUUUCUUUGUGAUGAACAUCCUUGUUAAUGCAACCUUUUUAAUGAUUAUUUAAUUGUUAUGAUGUUAAUUUUGCAAAAUAAUCAACCGAUUUCUAAUUCAAAGCUGGACAUAUUCAGAUUGGCCGUUUCAACUAAUGUAGUUUAAUAAUUUACUUCUCAAACUACAGCUUCGUCAACUGCUAUAAAUUCAGACAUUCAGUCUCAUACCUCAAUGACAAUCUAGCACAAUGUGAAUAGCUAGAAAAGAGAAAAUCAGUAUCAAAAACCAUCCUCUA